CUUAAGCCGCUUCUGUUCUCGUUCCUUGGCGGCCUUCAUCUCGUUCUCGAUGUCAAACUGCGGUGGCGCGGCUACCAGGGGCCGCCUCUCGUCGUAGUAGUGCGCGAAACCACAACUGACAGGGAGAGAGAGAAGGAGAGAGCAGUUAGUUCAGCAGCGGUCGUGUGGGUGCGUGGGUGUGGUUGUGUAUCUAUUGGUAGAGUGCGUACUUGGGGUCGCGGCACUGUCCUCUCCUGAAGUAUUUGCACCGCUUCGUCUUGAACCAGUCGGGCUUCUUGCGCAGCUCCUCCUGCAACACACACACACACACCAGCCAGACAGACACACCAGACAUGCAGAGAAACGAUUAUCCGUCCACCCCCCAUCGGCUCUUCUGACCUUGCUAUGUGCGAAUUCGCAGUUGCUGCCAAGUGCGCACAUGCCCUUGAGCCAGUGCCGGCACAUUGUCGUCUUGCGCAAAAAGAGGUUGGUCCCCUUGCCCUCCUCAGAAGCACCCUCCCCCUCCCCCCCUCUCUCUCUCCCCCUCUCACUAGUGCCGCCUUUGCUACUGUGACCGCGAUACGCCAUGGCGCCCCGCCCACUACUGCCCCCAACCUCCCGCUGCUGGACCUCCUCGUUCUUGACCCACGGAGGGACCCAACGAGCUCUGCCGCGGCCACCACCCGGACCCGACGCCGCCCUGGAGCCGCUGCCGAUGGUGCUGCCGGAGAAUCGAAGAGGGCCGCGACCGCCGUCGGUGUGAAGGUGCUGAGAGUGUGAGGGCGACACCGGACCCGCACCGUUGCUGGCCGUGUGCACGCCGUUGUGCACGCCGUUCCUGUGCCCUCGGCUGUCGCGCUCGGGGAACAUCUUGCCUGCGAUCAAGUCCCUCAGGUCACGAUCACGGUCGUCGGCCGCCCCCCGUCGCUCUCGGGCGUCCCUCCCAUGAUAGGGCCAGGGAGUCGACGCGACGCGUCCAGGGUAAGGCCUGGGCGACCGAUGACGUCCCCUGUCCUCUCUCUCGGCCGGCUCCAGCGACAUGGGGCGGUACCAGGGCGACGGGCCGUCCCGAUAGGAUGGCGACGAGUCGGCCCCGAGCGCUGCAGGCAGACGUGUGCAGUCAUGAUACAUAGAUUCAUGAAGCCUUCAACCUCUCCUGUGUGCGUGGUCCUGCUCACCUCCAGCCCGCGAAAGGAGCUUCUUGGCUACCGGCCCUGAGGCUCCCCCAUCGCCCAUACGCCGCCUGCCGCCACCAUAGCCAUCUCCGUCUUCGGAGUCGGCCAACUGCCGAGGGCGCUUGCCGCUGAAGGAUGAGCGCGGGUCGUGCUGCUGGUCGUGUGGUGGGUAUGGUGGUGAGUGGUGAGGGCGAUGGGAAUGGCUAUGGACGGCCUCACGCUUCAUCUGCCUGCAUGGACACACGAUGAAACCGCAUGGAAUGAACGCAUCGCGACAUCAUCAGCUUACAUCAGCUGAUGUAAGCUGAUGUCCUUGAAAGGGCCCGAUGCCCGACUGCUUCGAUGCGUGUGGGUCUCAAUCUCGUCAUUCAU